GUUGAGUCCUUUAUCUCAAAACUUUCUUAGCAGCCUUUUGGGAGUCCACGAAGCCACGCCCUGCCAGGGGCGUACGUGCGUCUGCGCUUGCGCGCUGCACGGGGUCCGGGGAGGACGCCCUCCAGGCUCCAUAGCUUAGGUCCGUGGCGUCGCGCUGUUUCUGGCUGCUCCUCGUACCGGUCCGUGAGAGUUUCUCCAACUGCUUCCGAGCCAUGUCGUCCUGCAGCCGCGUAGCGCUGGUGACCGGGGCCAACAAGGGGAUCGGCUUCGCCAUCACCCGCGACCUCUGCCGGCGGUUCUCGGGGGACGUGGUGCUCACGGCGAGGGACGAGGCGCGAGGCCGGGCGGCGGUGCAGCAGCUGCAGGCCGAGGGCCUGAGCCCGCGCUUCCACCAGCUGGACAUCGACGACCUGCAGAGCAUCCGCGCUGUGCGAGACUUCCUGCGCAAGGAGUACGGGGGGCUCGACGUGCUGAUCAACAACGCGGGCAUCGCCUUCAAGAUGGCAGAUCCCACGCCCUUUCAUAUUCAAGCAGAAGUAACGAUCAAAACAAACUUUUAUGGUACCCGAGACGUCUGCACAGAGCUGCUCCCUCUAAUAAAACCAGGAGCCCCAGAUGCCAACACUGCACACUGCUGCUCGGGCCAGGCCGUUCACAUGAUGACAGCACAGACUAAUGACUUCCUCUCCUUCCCAGAAAAUGAAGGUGUUACCAGGACACUGAGAGGUUGGCAGAAGUUGUGGAGGGGAAGGAGACUCACAGUGCCAUCAGAGGAGUCUAAAAUCCGGAAUCCGAGGGCUUCAUUCCAUCAAAUAGAAGGAGAGAUCUGAUGGCCGAGCAGAGGAGGCUGGUUCUAUAGCUGGAGAAAGGCAAAGCAGGAAGAAAAGGACAGCAAGCAGAAAGGUCAUCUCACAGUGACUUUUUCCCUUGCAAGGCAGGGAAAGGGAGACAGAACAGUAGGAAACUCGGGGUUAAUUUUGGUUUCCUUUAUUGUGAAAUGAAACCUGCCUGUGUGGGCAGCUUGCUGCUGCCCCUGUGCUGACGUCUCUGACGGUUCUACAGCUCACAGGCCCUGUCUCCAAGGCAGUUCCACUGGGGUCAGGAUGUCAGCAUGGGAACUGGGAGAGGGGACAUAAUUCCACCCCUAGCAGGAAUGAGAAGUGAGCACACGCUGAACACAACCUACCAGUGACCAAAAGCUCUGGAGAGUACAUUCCUACCGCCGAGGCCCAAGCUCACAGAGAGCCCCACCUUGCCGCUCUGGCUCUGCUUCCUGUGCACCAAGCACAUGGAGCUUGGGGUGCAUUUCAGUUCCCUCCUGCUCUGUCACAAGCUCCCUAAACCUGGUGCAUUGAAACAGCCACAAGGUGUCCUGUCUGGAUUCUGGGGAAGUUGUGUGAUCCUCUCAGGGUCUCCUGGCUCCACAUGGCUCCUGGUCACAGGGGAGCCAGAAAGGGCUGGAAGCGCCCCAGAGGCCUUGGGGCCAAACCACAUCUCCAUUAGGAAAACUGGUGCAUUCGCAGUGACUUCCAAAAUGAAGACCAGUGGGGAAGGCUUCCCUGGCACCCAUGGUCCCUUGUCCUGGGUGGCUCCCAGUAGCUCUAACUGUGACGAACUUCACAGACAUGUCCGCAUUUCAGUACCCUGGUGCCAUCUGAGAUAGGUCCUGACUGAAAUCUCCAUCUGACUUAGGUGCUCAGGGGACAGUGACAGGGUGCCAAGGAUCAUACCAUUGAUGAUGCCCACAGCCCGUGUGAAGAGCUAACCCCACCGUGGGCUUGUUUUGAGAAGUGAAUCUGGCCGAAGCCUAAUGUGAGGUCAGAGUAACUCGCACCCAAAUUCCUUUCCCACAACUAAAACCUUCUUACUACAAGGACAAUGUUCUAAUUACAACCAUAUAAUUUGUCUAUUCUGUUCCUAAUUUGAGAAUGCUUUGUUGUAUCCUUUAUGAGCCUUGCUUACAUUAGUUUCUAUAGAAACCACAAGUAGCUUGCCUUAGCCCACCUGAUUGUGAAUAAAAGUCAGUGCCUGGGACUGGCCAGCACCUUUGUGGUUGCAGUGGCUCUGGCCCUCCUGGUGGCCCGCUUUCUUCCCCA